CUGACAUACCUAAGGCAGUUACGCCAUCUUCAGCAAGUGUUGCUGUGGGGAAGUCUGACAUACCUAAGGCACUUACACCAUCUUCUUCAACAAGUGCUCCUGUUCCGGAUGUUCACAUCAAUGCUUAUGAUGCUUCAAUCUGUGUAGAUAACAUCUAUGGUGAAUGUCAGCAAGGUCAACUCUGUGGAUCUCAUCAUUGUAUCAUGCCAUAUCAAUGGAUAUAUUCAACUUAUCAUGGGGAACGCCAUAAAUUCCCUGACCACGUCAGUGAAAUGAUUGAAAGUGCCUACUGCAAUGUUAAACAGCAAUCAUUCCAAAAGUGGCAAGGUGUUACAGGUGCAAAUAUUGACCUUGACCUUGACUUUGAUGUGAUGAAUGGAACUAUUAGUGGUCAGUACUGUGGGAGGAAUGAACUUAACCUAUUUGUUAGAAUUGAGCGCCUAUCAACUCUAUCGCAAGUGGAAACUAUAAACAAAAGCAGUGAUUUGUCAACCAAGUGGAUUUGGUAUUGGAAAGACAAUGGUAAUAUUUGGAAACCUUAUAGUAACAGUCAGAAUCCUGGUGAAGCGAAUAAUGACGAAAUUGAAGCCGCCAAGUUAAGAGGAGAUAAUGAGUACAGGUUUGCAGCUGGUCGAUACCAUUACAUUUUGAACUUCAGUAAAAUGCAGCAACAGAACCAAGAUGAACACUAUAAGACAACUAGAGAUGUAAGGCGUCGACCUGUGUAUGUUGGUAGCGAUGCCGUGAAACAGAUUAAAAGGUCACCAAGGCACAAGAUACCCACAUUGGUGGAAAGUACUUGUACAGGAUUACCUUCUAAUUGGGAGGUAAUGCCUGCAGGAAAAGACCUUGCUCAGUAUCACCUCAGUCCCGGGUCAAGAGAUUUCCAGAGAGUUGAGGACUUGUUCAGAAAGACCAUGCCAUCAUCUAACUCUACAAUUGUAAGAAUAGAAAGGAUACAGAAUAUGGAGCUCUGGGAACAUUAUCAAUCGAUGAAAAAGCAUAUGAAGCGUAAACAACCGGGACAAGAAAUUGAGAAACAACUUUUCCAUGGAACAGAGAAAUCCUCAGUACAGAAGAUUUGUAAACAGAAUUUUGAUUUUAGAGUCUCUGGAAAACAUGCCACAGUUUACGGGGAAGGGGCGUAUUUUGCUCGUGAUGCAAGUUAUAGCGAUAGUUUUAGUCGUAAAGAUGAGAGUGGAUAUCAAUAUAUGUUUCUAGCCAAUGUAUUGAUUGGUCGAUAUACUGAAGGGAAUAGUUCUUAUAAAAGACCCCCUGAGAUUGAUAGUGUGUCAGGGACAUUGUACAACUCUUGUGUAAAUAAUACUUACAAUCCUAAAAUCUUCAUAGUUUUUGAUCUCUAUCAGUGUUACCCAGAAUAUUUGAUCACUUAUUCCAAAGAUUUGUUUAGACCUGAUAUUAGUACAGGUGUUAAUGUUAAUAGUGGGUUUGUAGUCAAUAAUGCUCUUAGCUCAUCAUCAUUAAGUCAGUCUACCACUGGUUACAGUUCGUCAUCAUCUACUACUACCCAGCCGGGAUACUCUACCACUGGUUACAGUUCGUCAUCAUCUACUACUACCCAGCCUAGACACUCUACCACUGGUUACAGCUCGUCAUCAUCAUCAUCUACUACUACCCAACCUAGAUACUCUACUACUGGUUACAGCUCGUCGUCAUCUACUACUACCCAGUCUAGACACUCUACAACUGGUUAUACUUCUUCAUUUCCAAGUACUGGACAGCCACAGCAGUCUAGUCGUAAAUAUAAAUGCAUUGUCAUGUGA